CGAAUUCUUAAUGGCUUCGAAAAAAUGAUGGGUUUCACGUAGAUGACGGCUGAAAAGUUUACUCGGAAAAAUGAUAAUUACGAAUUAUUUGCUGAUAAUUUUCACUUAUAUAUUGUAGCUCCUUCUUGUAUUACCAGUUGCGCUGUUGAAGGAAAUCGUGUUCAAUAUGCUGCUCAUCAAGUUUACAUUUUCAUUGAUCUUGAUUAACAAUUGUGUUAAAAGUCAAGAAGAAAUUGACGACGACAUCGAUCUCAGAAUAGUUGGUGGACAAGACGCGAGAGAUUCAGCAUAUCCAUACCAAGUUUCAGUUCAAGAAUUGCAACAGCAUAUAUGUGGUGGUUCCAUUAUAGGUGAUAGGUGGAUUCUAACAGCUGCGCAUUGUACUGUAGGAAAACCUGCGAGUCGCAUGUCUGUAGUGGCUGGUACCAACACUUUAGAUGGAUCUGGUAGCAGAUACCAAGUUCAAAGGAUAAUACAGCAUCCAUCCUAUGAAACACUGGCCAAUGACAUCGCCUUAUUGAGGUUGAGUCGGCCAAUUUCCUUCAACAGCAAGAUCAGAAGAAUAAAUCUACCCAGAUCAGACACUCCAGGUGGGAAGCAACUCACAAUAACAGGAUGGGGAAAGACAUCGUACCCAGGACAGGUGUCAAGAACUCUAAAAACUUUGAACGUAACUUCCCUGAGUAAUAGCGAGUGCCGUAAAUCUUUUUCUCAAAUUGUAUCAACAAAUUUAUGCACUAGAGGUGAUACAGGAAGAGGAGUUUGCGAAGGAGAUUCCGGUGGUCCUCUAGUGGAUGGUUCAUCUCAAGUUGGCAUUGUAUCCUUUGGAGUUCCGUGUGGUAUUGGACAACCUGAUGUUUUUACGCGAGUGUACAGCUUUAGAAGUUGGAUACUUAAUAAUAUGGUAUGAGAGUUUAAUGUAGAUAAAUUAUUGAAAAAAAUAAAAAUAUCGUAAAAAUUUA